GGUUCGUCAAGCAACAGGCCUUGACCCGUCAACUUCAGCAGGUCUCCAACUAUGACGAGUGGUGCGCCGUUGCCUACGAGUUGGACAAGCUUUUGGGCAACAACAGGUGGAAAAUGAGCUAUGAGUGCGAGCUCUAUGACUAUCAGCUGGUCCGGGAUAGCCUCGAACAGCUGUACAAGGCCCGCAAAGCCGAUGACAAGGCCCAAAUGGCCUGGCUCCUGCGUUCCACCCUUCACCGUGACCUGGGUGGCAUGGGCAACCCGCGCCUCUUUGAGCGCUGCUAUCUCGGAACGAAAGACCUCAUUGAACAAUACGUCGAAGAGGUUUUGUAUCAACUGCGCUACCUCAGCACCGAGAACAUUCCCGGCUUGGGACAAGACGAGAAAGUGACAUUGUUCACGGCCAUUCGUCAAGCUUUUGGUCGCUCAGCCCUCCUCUUGAGCGGCGGCGGUGGCCUCGGCAUUUUUCAUUUCGGUCUCCUCAAGACACUGCACGAGCGGCGCAUGCUUCCGCGCAUUAUCAGCGGGUCCAGCGUGGGGUCGCUUGUUGCCUCGCUGAUUUGCGUGACUCCUGAGGAGGAGCUGGAGGCCCUCCUUUCUGGAGACUCGGCCGAUGUCGCUCCCCCACUUUCUGACCAUAUUGAAUGUUCUUCGCUUGCUUUCUAUUUCAUACAUGGUACCCUGGCUGAUGUGGAAGUUCUGAAGGAGUGUUGUCGCGCCAACUUUGGGGACUUGACUUUCCAGGAGGCCUACGACCGCACACGGCGCAUUCUGAACAUCACCAUCAAUCCACCAGACGCGAUGGAAGCACCGCGAUUGCUCAAUUAUUUGACGGCACCCAACGUUGUCAUUUGGAGCGCCGCGUGCGCUUCGUGUGCUCUGUCUGGUCUAUUCGACCCCGUGGAAGUGCUCGCUAAGGACCGCAACGGAGCGCUCCAUCCCUGGAAUCCUUCAGGCCAAACCUGGUCCGACGCCAUCAAUGUCACUGACAGCCGCACAGACUCAUCUGCCAUGUCCAUCCCUGCAAUCUCGUGCAUUCCAGGCUCCAUGCACACAGAUCUGCCCAUGGAUCGAUUGUCAGAGCUCUUUAACAUCAAUCAUUUCAUUGUCUGCCAGGUGAAUCCCCACAUCCUCCCCUUUCUGCGCAAUGCUUGGAUUUGGAACUCGGCGCUGCCCCGCAUGGUGGCUUCGGAGGUGUCGUACCGCCUCGAGCAGCUUGCUUCAUGGGGGCUGAUGCCUUCCUCCCUCAACAACUUGCGCACUGUAUUGGCGCAAAAGUACAUGGGCGACAUUACCAUCAUCCCUGAUAUCACGGCGGAUGACUACCUCAAGAUCAUCUCCAACCCAACGCCCGAGCACUUCCAGCACGCGCUGAAAGUAGGACAACUGGCCACUUGGCCAAAAAUGUCGCUCAUCGAGAAUCACUGUGUGAUCGAGUUGGCCUUGGACGAUAUCGUCCAUCGCCUUCGUGGAUGUGAGCAAUGGACCCUUCAAUGAAAGGAUCCCAAGCCGUUGAGGCGCGCAAGAAUCGCAAUGUCUUCUUCAUUCUUAUUCAGCUGUGGAAAUCCAUAACAGAAAGAC